UAUUUUCAUUUUCGCCAAAUAAUUUGUGUUACGUACAAACAAAAAAGUCAUACGUCGUCACUCGUCAAAUUGUUUAUGUUUGUUAUUUUCGUACUAUAAUUAUUUUUUCGUACUAUAAUAAGAUUUCUUAAUAAAUCAUUUUCGUCACAUAAUUAAUUUUCAUUUUUAUAACUCAUGUCUAGAAAAAAAAAAUGAAUUUUAUUUUUUCUAAAAAAACUUUGCAUAUUUUUUAUGUCUUUGUAAUAGGAAUUUUUGUCAUCAAGAUUGAUUCAUUUACUGGAGAACGUGUUGGUCAUGCUUCAGUAGUUAUAGGUUCCAAAUUGUAUUUUUUUGGUGGAAUCAAAAUUAAUUCAUUUUGUUCAGAUGAAAUAUUUUAUCUUGAUGUCUCUAAAACAUUUAGUAUUGAAUCACCACCAUGGGUAGACCUUACAAUACAUGUAAAAAUGCCAUUUGGAGGUGCAAUGAAUACUGUGUCAUUAGUAACUAUUAAUGAUGAACCUAUUGUUUAUCUUUUUGGUGGAGUAAUGUUAGAUCCAAUUACAGGUGAAGAUCUAUUUGUUUCAAACACUCAUACGUUCAACCCAAAAACAUUAGAAUGGAAGAUUCCAUUUAUUAAAGGUAAAGAACCUGAAAGAAGAAAUAUACGUGGAGCUAGUGAUGAUACUGGAAAAAUUUAUAUUUUUAGUGGAUUUUAUGAUGCUUAUUUAUACUCAAACACUGUUCAUUUUUUUGACGAAAUGUUAAUUUUGGAUACGUUUAAUUCAACGUGGUCAUAUUCUACUGCACCGAAUAUGCCAAUUAGACGUGCUGGAUAUAGUGCAACUAUGUUAAAAAAUGGUGUGAUCGUAUAUAUUGGAGGAUCGAUAACUGAACAAGAACUAACAAUUAAUAUUAAUAAUAUUGUUCUUUAUGAUACAAAACUUGAUACUUGGUCAACAAUGAUUGCAACGAAUACUAGUUUAAUGGAUUCUCGUUUUUUUCAUUCAGCUGUAUUGGAUCCUGAUGAAAAUAUUAUAGUCUAUGGUGGAAGAAAAUCAAAAGUUGGUUUUGCAAAAGUUGAACCACCUGUAAUUGUUUUAAAUACUCGGAAAACUCCUUUUGAAUGGACAGCUCCAUUAAUAUCCUCGAAUGUUGAUUCUGUGAUAUCAACAAGUGGUCAUACGGCCAAUUUAAUUGGAAAUUAUAUGAUUGUAGCAUUUGGGAACAUCACCGAAUUACAUUCACAUGAUAAAAUGUAUAAUUCAAGAAUGUAUAUAAUGGAUAUAAGAAAUUAUACAUGGGUUGAAACAUUUGAAGUAAUAGAAAACACAAAAAAUAAAACAGAAGAAUCACCAACAUCGACAUCUGGAAACAUAACGAAUGUAUAUUGUGAUUGGAGUCAUUAUUGGAGUUAUAGUUAUAAUAUUAAGUAUUAUUGGACUUUUAAUUUAUAAGAAACGUGAAAAUGAAGAAAAUAGGGUCAAAUAUCUUGAGCCUGUUCCAAAUGAAUAGCAAAAUUAAGGUGGUAUAAUCAAAAGGUUCAAAACAUUAUGUUAUUAUAUAUUAUUACUUUCAAUUUAAUUCUUUUUUUUUAUUCAUAAUUCAAACUAAAAGUAUAAUACUAUGAAACAAUACAGUAUCAUUAAUAAUCAAAGCAAGAGUUUUUUUGAUGUUUGUACAAUUUUUACUAUUUGAGAUAUGCAUUGGAAUCAUUCUUUUAUAAGUUAAUUUCAAUUUACGAGAGUAUUU